AUGCAUAAAAUUCGGCGACCCAGAGAAGAAAAACUACCCGAAGAUUUUGGUUUCAAAGGUAUAACUGCGACUGAUGCGCGAGCACUUCGAAUUAAUGCAUGGUCACUUGUACCUUAUUGUAUUCGAUCUUCAUCUUAUGUUGCAACAAAUGAAAAUGACUUUUGUCAUGGACAAAACUAUACAUUUGAAGAAUUACAUCAACAUAAUAUAACAUCCACAAAUUUAUAUUAUUGGAAUGCACCAAUGGAUGUAAUCAAUCCAUAUGAAAAAUAUCAAAAUCCUGAACAACUGUAUUGUAAUUGCUCUAAAAAUUGGUUUGGUAAAUAUUGUCAGUAUACAUUGCAUUCAGAUAAAUUAUUUUCUGAUAUAAUUAUUCAACGUUUUCAACAGAAAAAGCUUUAUAGUAAUAAAAUAUCACCAUCGUUAACAUGUUAUAGAGAAUUAAAUGAAUGUGAUCGAGAAACAGAAUUUCGCUGUAAGAACGGUAUGUGUAUUGAAAAAGAUUUUUCCUAUGAUCGAAUGUAUGAUUGUAUGGAUCGUAGUGACGAACAGGAUAGUUUUGCCGAUAAAUAUCAAUCAGAAUAUGCUUGCUAUAGAAAUCCAUCAUUAGAUUGUGAAGAAUAUCAAUGUUCAUGGAUGACAUACUCAUGCGGAGAUGGACAAUGUAACUCUUUAGCUAUAGGUGAGGAAUCAACUUAUCGCUGCUAUAGUGGUCGAACAUAUUUAAAUACCAAAAGUUUUUUUAAUUCGAGUGAUAAGUACGAAAAUGAAGAAAGUCUUUGUCGUCACUGCUGGAUAUGUAGUUGUACAUCAACGACUUUUCGUGAUAUGUAUCUUAAUUUAACAACUGCAAUGUGUAAAACUUUAUUGGUGAAAAAGACAGGUUUAUGUCAUUCAAUCGUGUGUCAAGGCUUUAUACUACAUCCAAAACCUGUUAUGUAUCCAAAUGUGCAAUUUAUGUAUACAUCACAAUUUCAUGAGUUACCAACAUACAUAUGUUAUGAGCGCUCGAAAUGUCCUAAUCUGAAUUUUCUGAAUGUAACUAUUCUUCGAGAAAAUCUUACUUGCGCUAUUCGUACUGAGUUCCAUUGGUUAAGUUCACGCUCAUAUAAUUCCUUUUUUACGAGUGUACACAAAACAUUUUCAGACUGUAGUAUUGAAAAUAAUUACUCAUCAUGUACACAUCCACUAUCAUUUCAAUGUAAGCAUUCUCAACGUUGUAUUUCAUUCCAUCGUGUGAAAGAUGGUAUAACCGAUUGUACGUUUAUUAAUGAUGAGAAUGAGGACGUUGAUAUAUGUCAGUUGAAUUUAACAGACCAUUUUCAAUGUUCACUGAUUAAAUCUAAUUGCAUACACCGAAAACAUCUGUUUGAUAAUAAAAAUCAUUGUAAGGAUAAAUCGGAUGUUAUUGCGCCAUUUAAAUGUAAAACAGGAGAUGAUUUGGGUUGUCAAAUUUUACGUGGUUUCACUCUUCCAGUUGAUUAUUUUCUGUUUCAAGAAAUCUGCAAUGAUUAUCCUCAUCCCGAAUUAAAUAAUGAUGAUGAAUCGGAUUGUGAAGAAUGGAAACAAUAUUGUAGUUUAAAAUAUACACGAUGUGAUGGUGUUUUGAAUUGUUUAGAUGGUCACGAUGAAUUUGAUUGUGAACAAAAAGUAUCUAGAUGUAAAACAGCAGUUGAAAUUCCAUGUAUAUCUCCAAAAACUUUCAACAUAGAAUGUUUAUCGCAAUCUAGAGUGAAUGACAGACAUAUCGAUUGUAUGGGAUCUGCAGAUGAAUUGAAACAUUGUUCAAAUGAAUAUCCGAAUGAGUUAACAAGACGAUAUCGUUGCUUAAAUGAUUCCAAAUGUAUAGAUAUUGAACGCAUAUGUGAUGGUUAUUAUGAUUGUCAAUUCCAUGAUGAUGAAGAUAUAUGUCCUAAUCGACCUUCAUCAGAUGAUAACAUAGGAAUGUUGGUAUGUGGUACCGAAAAUAAAGUGAUAUCUAAGGAUUUAAGAUGCGACGGUAUAAAUCAAUGUGGUGCUAGCAGUUAUGUAAAUAGUUACGAUGAAUGGUUCUGUGAAUUAAUAAAACCGCAACGUUUACAAUAUAAAUUAUUUUCAAUUGGAGAAUAUAGUCAGUAUCCACCAAUAGCUAAUGCACAAUAUGAAUACGUUCAACAAUCGUUAUCUAAUCAAUUAGUAAGUUCAAAUGAAAUUAUAGAGAAUGAUGAUCAUUCAUUAUACUAUUAUUGUAAUCGUGGUAUCCUUCUAUCAUUAACUACUAGUCAUAGUAAAUGUUUGUGUCCACCAAGUUAUACGGGUGAUCGAUGUCAAUAUCAAACAAACCGUUUAAGUAUUUAUCUUCAAAUAGAAACACCAUUGAGUCUUAUUUCUACUCGUAAUACAAUAUACAGAUUACUUGUAAGAUUACAGUCACAAACUAAUCUAUUUCAUGAUUUUGUUGAUGAAAUUUAUCAUGUUCCGUAUAAUCAAACAAUUAUUUAUAAACAUAUUUUCUAUUUAAUUGUUCCAAAACUUUAUGAACAAUAUUCUGUUGUGAUUGAUAUAUUUGAUGUUUCUUCUUCAAAAAAUAUUCAAUUUCAUUCAUCAUGGUAUUAUCCAUUGCAAUUUUCAUUUUUACCUGUUCGACGUUUAACUAUUAAAUUAAUAUUAAAUAGAAAAAGUGAACAGUGUAACGAUAAAAGUGCAUUAGAAUGUGGUUUACAUGGUAUCUGUAUGACAUAUGCAAACAAUCUUCAUCAACAUUAUUUUUGUUUAUGUAAUCAAAGUUGGUCAGGUGAAUUCUGUAAUACAUCGACAGUAACAGUAAAAGCAUGUUUCCACUAUUCAUUAUCAUAUCAUUCAUUAUGUAUUUGUCCACUUGGUCGAUUUGGUAAUGAAUGUUAUGCACAAAUUGAUUUAUGUCAGAAUGUUCAAUGUUUGAAUGAAUCAUUUUUUGGUAAUCGUUGUCAAUACUCUGCAGCUCAGAUAAAAAUUGGUAUUAACAAUUUAUGGACUAAUGAUCAUUCAAUUAUUAAAAUUCCACUUGUUGUUGUUCAUUUGGCUAAUAUAACAGAUCAAAUUGGUUUAGCAUCUAUUCAUGAUCGUUUUAUUUAUUCUAAUGUUGAAUUUGGUACAACUAUUUUAACAGUAUACAGAAAUCAGCUUUAUUUGCCAACAUUUGUUUAUGUACAAUUAUAUUUUAAUACUCAUCGACGGUCAUCUUACCAUUUAGUUAGUUUUUCAAAAUAUAAUGUUCGAUCAACAACAACAAAUAUAUUAGAAUCAAAUCGUUGUCCAUAUGUUGGAGAAUUAUUAAAUAGUACAAUUAUGUCAUUUAAUUAUUUAAAACGUAUUAAAUUUUAUUAUCGUCCAUGUUUAAUCUUAGGUACUAAAUGUUUUUUUGAUGAAAAAUAUAUAUGUUUAUGUGAUAAUGAAGGUUUCUUAGAUUGUUUUUUAUUUGAUCAUCAAGCAAGCAACUGUAUAGGGCAUAAUUAUUGUCUAAAUGGGGGUGAAUGUGUACAACCAGUACACAAAUAUGAAACAAAAAUGAAAUUUGUUUGUGUUUGUCCACCAUGCUAUUAUGGAGAAUUGUGUCAAUUUUCAACAACAAAAUAUUCAAUGACGAUGGAUGCUUUACUUGGACAAAUUAUUCUUACGAGUAAAAAUCUUCAUCAACAACCGUUGAUUAUCAAACGGUAUUUAUAA